UACACAAAGAAAGAGAAAGUCCUCACGAGCUCAGCCGCAAUGGCAAGUGCAAGCUACAUUUCUGAAUACAGGCUGGCUUGAACUUUGCUCACUACAGUCUUCCGUCAUCAGGGUCAGACGGCCGGAUGGGAUGCACACUUAAAAACACACACAGGCUUAGAAAUCCACCCUGUGCUCUGGUUAGGCCGGCUGAGAGGAGCGGCAGGCGGGUGCAGCGGCGCUGUUAGCUGACGAGGAAGCAGAACGCCCAGGAUGGCUCGAAGGAGGCGAGGCCGAGGCAGCAACGUCCAGCAACGACAGGCCCCACAGAGCCAAAGAGGAGGCCCUCGCAAGGCCCUGCGGGAGCCAGCUGCUUUUGCCAAGUCCACAGGUUGUGAAUUAGAGAUCCCCCACGAAAAGCUGACCAUUGCCCAAGCGAGGAGGGGCACCCCAGCUCAUCGUCCGGUGCGGGUCUACGCUGAUGGGAUCUUUGAUCUUUUCCAUUCCGGGCAUGCUCGAGCUCUGAUGCAGGCCAAAAAUGUGUUCCCCAACACAUACCUGAUGGUAGGAGUCUGCAGUGACGAACUCACCCAUAAGUUUAAGGGCUAUACAGUGAUGACAGAGGACGAACGCUACGACGCUCUGAGACACUGCCGUUACGUUGACGAGGUGGUGCGGGACGCUCCAUGGACCCUGACCACAGAGUUCCUUCAGAAACAUAAGAUUGACUUUGUGGCCCAUGAUGAUAUCCCUUACACCUCUGCUGGAUCACAGGAUGUUUAUAAGCACAUCAAGGAAGCAGGGAUGUUUGUGGCCACUGAGAGGACAGAAGGCAUCUCCACAUCUGAUCUGAUUACUCGCAUCGUCCGAGACUAUGACAUCUAUGUUCGCCGCAACCUGCAAAGAGGCUACACAGCCCAAGAACUGAACGUUGGAUUCAUUAAUGAGAAGAAAUACCGGCUCCAGAACCAGGUGGACAAGAUGAAAGAGACAGUCCGUACGGUGGAGGAAAAGUCCAAACACUUUGUUUACAGAGUGGAAGAGAAGAGCCAAGACCUCAUCCACAAGUGGGAGGAGAAGUCGCGAGAAUUCAUUGGCAACUUCCUGGAGCUUUUCGGACCCGAUGGAGCCUGGCAUGCGAUCCAGGAGCGGAGUGGCCGUAUGCUCCAGGCCCUGUCACCUUACUCUUCCCCCCGCGGCUCCCCCAGCAGCAGCCCCACCAGAAGACGCUCGGUUUCUCCUGACUCCUCUCCUACCUUCGCCUCGCCCUCCCCAUCCUCCCUCUCCCCUCCUUCUACCCCCACCUCACCUAAAAAGGGGAAGCGCUCCUCACUCAAAGCUUCCGCCACAUACAGCAGACAUGCACAAUGAGCUCAUUGUGCUUUGGUCAUCUGUUGGUCUUCUUACAGCCUAUUGAUCAUUGAUGUGGUAAUAUGUAAUAUAAUAUAAUAUAAUAUGUCUAUGGAGGCAAUUAAAUAAAAUGAACAAAUAAAAAGAAAAUUAUUUAUAACUUGUUUA